AUGAGUGACGGUGGCCAUUCCGACGUUCUGAACUUUUACCGAGGAUCCACGGUGCUGAUAACCGGCGCCAGUGGGUUUCUCGGCCAAGUUCUGCUUGAAAAGAUCCUGCGCAGUUUGGAGGUUCGGAAGGUGUAUGUAAUGCUGCGACCCCGAAGGGGCUGCGACGCCGGGGGUCGUCUGGAUCAAAUUUUCAGCAGCAAGCUGUUUGAUACAUUGCGAAUGGAUGCCGUCAAGUGGCAGAGGAUGGUCUGUAGGGUUGUUCCGGUGGAAAUUGAUUUGGAGAAGGAGAAUUUCGGGAUGGUUGAUGGGUUGAAGAGUGAAUUGCUGGGUGAAGUGAAUGUGGUGUUUAAUAUGUUAGCAUCUGUAAAAUUUAUUGAUCCUCUGGAUGUUGCGCUGCGCACAAACGUGGAGUACACGGACCGGAUGCUUAAGUUGGUCGGCGAGAUGAAAAAUCUCAAAUCCGUGGUUUACGUCUCGUCAUUCUACUCCAACUGUGACAGACGGUUUAUCGAGGAACGAAUCUAUGACGAUUUGAGAUUCGGUGGGGUUGAAAAAUUGAUAAAUGUGGUGUCAAAACUGCGGAAAGAGGAAGUGAAAUUUUUGACUCCAUAUCUAGUUGGAAGCUUACCGAAUACAUACGUUUUCAGUAAAAAGUGUGCUGAAGGGCUGAUUCUGGAGAAAUACAGCUCGUUACCGAUUGGAAUCUUUCGACCUCCCAUCGUGAGCUCGACUUAUCGAGAGCCGGUUCCAGGUUGGGUUGAUAACUUCAACGGACCAUCCGGCAUGGUUGUUCCUUUGUCGGUGGGAAUGUAUCAUGGCGUUCUUCUGGAUCCUCGAAAGUGUCCGUGCAUCGUUCCGGUCGAUUAUUGUGUGAAUGCUCUGAUCUGUUGCGUCUUGGAUGUGCAUAGACAGCGUUCUCAGAAACUGCCGAUUCCGGUGUACAACUACACUGAUCCACAGUGCAAACAGUCGUGGGGUGCUAUCAUCAACGGGUUCGUACAGGGUCUUCCACCGUUCAAGCGGUUCAUGGCAACUUACUUUACUCUCACACUAACAAAAAAUAAACUGCGAUACGCCUUUUGCAAAAGAUUGAUGCAGCUGGAGGUGAAUCUGAUCGACUGGGCAACGAGGACUCCGCCCAAGGCGGGGCUGAUUCUGAACCGGUUGACCGCCCAGAAUGAAGCGCUAGCAUUUUUCACUCUCGGCGAGUGGCAGAUGAGCAAUGGGAACGUUCUACGAAUGCUGGCGGAAACUAGCGAAUUCGAGCGGCAGCUGUUUCCGUUCGACUUGACAAAGCUAGAUUGGAGCGUGUACUGUCGGCAGUUCAUUCCGGGAGUUGUGCGAUAUGCGAUUGAGCCGAGAAUAGUUAAGACUAGGGAUGCUGGAGGACACUCCUGA